UGCUAAGUUGGCAACACACUUCCUGCAUCCCGACUCCGCCCACUGGUGCCACCUCACUUUCGGACCGGGUGGUGAAGUUUUUUGUUCCGAGAGCCGCUGACAAGUUAACUGGCUGUGCCGAGAUAAACCACAUUUGUAUUUGUUUGGACAUCAUCCACUCUUAUUUAAUACUGAAUCAUGGCGGUGAACACGGGCACCUCUCUGGUACUGUCCAGUCUGCUGUCAGUGCUGGUGUUUGCUGGGAUGCAGAUGUUCAGUAAGCAGCUGGGAUCCACCGAGUGGCUCACAAUCCUGGGAGGUUUCCUGGGCUCAGUCCUCUUCAUCUGCUGCCUCACUGCAUUUAAUAAUAUGGAAAAUCUCAUUUUUGGGAAGGGAUUCCAAGCCAAGAUAUUCCCAGAAAUUCUGCUGUGCAUGUGCCUGUCACUGUUCGCCUCCGGUCUGGUGCACCGCGUCUGUGUCACCACAUGCCUGAUUUUCUCCCUCUUUGCCUUGUACUACAUCAACAAAGUAUCUGCAGCUCUCUACCAGGCAGGCGUUCCUGCAGCAACUCCAUCAAAAGCCGCCGGCAAGGGCAAAAGGAAGAACUGAUGAGUUUGUUGGAUCCCUCUUGCGUCCUGCAACUCAGCUGUUUCAUAUUUUUUGUAUUAAUGUCUUGAAUCCAUAACUUGGUGCACUUCUGCAGGCUCUUUAAUUAUUACUUGUGAAGUUUUGAUCAGUUCAAUGAGUACAUCUUUGAAAACAUUAUAGCAGUAUAUUUUCUUUUUUACAGUAAUCUCAAUUUGAAUCAAGUCCACAGAGAAAGCCUAUCGGCCGCCACGUUCCGUUGAUGGCCCUUUGUCUGCUCUCUAUUUACACUGAUUGCAAAGAGACUCAAGCGUCAUGUUAUACGUGCAUUCAUCAGCACAUCAAGUUGCGUUUUUGUUAAUUUCCUUUUGUAAUUAAACUCUGUAAAAGACUUUAAAUGUGA